CAAUAGUCAGUCAGGCUGCGGCUUUGCUUUGUCUGAUUCUAACGGGUAACGCCCACUCGUUGAAUUUCUGUUCAAUUUAUUUCGUGGCGUUGCAUCGCCCCUUUCCCGCCUUAAUGCCACGGGGUGCCUCGUUUUGUCGAUAUGAAAUCUUUCUAGGUUCUUCCUACUUGAUAUGAUAUUUUUGUUUACAUACCUGGUACCUAUUUUUCUGUCUUUUGCAACACACCCUUUUGUUGUCACAUUCAACCCUUUGUUAUCCGUCUGCAGUGUAUGUAGUAUUUUGAGCUGAACUCAAUCAUUCCAAGUAAUCGAGAUUUCAGAUCUAGCAGCGCAUCGCACAGAUUGACAACUGCCGCACCGUACUGCGGUUCUUUGAGCUGAACGGCGGGGCCCAUCCCGUUAAGAAUGGGCACAAUAAACAAACAGGUCUCCCGCUAUGAGGUCAGCGCCGUCUACACGCAUCCAGAUGCGAAGGUUGACAUUGUCCUUGUCCAUGGCUUAAAUGGCGACCCGCAAAAGACAUGGACGGCCCGCACCAACGGCGUCUACUGGCCUGCGGACCUGCUUCCAGUCUCGCUGAAGAAGCAGCAUGCAAACAUUUUGGUCUAUGGGUACAACGCCGACGUCUACUCGACUCGCAAUGACCGCAGCGCCAGCGACAACUUCAUUCACGUCCACGCCCAGACGCUCGUCGCGACCUUGACCAACUAUCGCAAGAGCGAGGAGACGACGCACAACCCUAUCAUCUGGGUCGCGCACAGUCUCGGUGGCAUUCUCGUGAAGCGAGCUUUGUUGUACAGCAACGAUUUGCGAAACACGGCCCACGACGCUCUGAGAUCCAUCUACGUCUCGACCUAUGGAAUCAUCUUUCUCGGCACCCCGCACACCGGGUCUGACGUGGCUCAGUGGGCGGGAGUGUUACAGCACAUGUCGGACGCAGUGGUGCCAAAACGCUUUUUCGAGUCCGAAUCGGUUCUUCUCAAGACGCUGAAGCGAGACAACGAGACACUGCAGAACAUCAACAGCCACUUCCUUGAUGUUUACCAGCGGUUCAAGAUCCACAUGGCCCAUGAGAACCACAAGACAGAUAUCAAGGGACAUAAACUCAUCAUUGUCGAUGCUAAUUCGGCGAGCCCUCAACUGCCAGGAGUUGUCUACUAUGGCAUUGAGGCGACGCAUUCGGGCAUGGCCAAGUUUGACAGUGAGAACGCUCCGGGCUACAGGAUGGUCUCGACCACCCUUCGUGAGUGGGUGACCGAGGCGCCUAAUGUCAUCCAAGUCCGAUGGGGUGUUGAGGACGAAGAGCGCCGGGCCAGAGCCAGAAAUGACAUCAAUGAGCAGAUAAGGGCAUUUAGUCCUCCCCAGAGCGCUUCUGGCCAGAGCCGAUCUUCAGCAAGCGGUAGGUCCCCUUCGCCCACAAACACCAUCUACACACCCUCCGAGAGUUCCGCGCAGGACUCUGUUACUUCUUCAAGCGCUCCUCCACCAUCAGAGGCAUCCACGUCUCACGAUGGAAGAUCCGAGAUUUCGGCAACUUCACCCUUGCCAUUGGUGCCAGCAUCUUCUCACCCAAGCCUUUCACGAGAAGGGACAUCAGGAGUUAUUUUUAUUCAUCCAGAAAGCUUCAGGCCAAACUCGUACAAUAUUGGCCGGGAGCAGGAGAUGAGGGACCUUCACAAGAAGCUAAUGGAUAAAGGACGUCGGGCCUAUGGAACAUCGGCUGUACUCCUGCAGUGCCUGCCUGGCGGCGGCAAGACACAUUUGGCACGGCAGUACGUAUUCAAACACAAAGCCGACUAUUCAGGCGGUGUCUACUGGGUGCGUGCCAAGUCGAUACCCGAGAUGGAACACUGGUUCUGGCGCAUCGCAAAGACAGAAGCAAUACGGGAUUCGCUAGAGAACGUGGCUGGCGGCGCAGUGGAUGACGAGCUGCUACGAGACCCCAGCCGUAUCGUCGACAUAGUUCGCGCAUGGUUCGAAACUUUCGACGACUGGCUGCUAGUUUUUGAUGGCAUACAAUUCGACGCCAAGGGCACCGAGCGUUUUAUCCCGAGCCGUCCUGGGACUUCGAUCAUAUUCACAUCGACCGAUGCCGCAGUGGGCGGAGAUCAUCAGUUUGACAACCCACAGGUGAUGGAGCUGGAUUUACUGACAGUGCAGGAGGCACAAGAGCUGCUCCUUCUUGAGAUGGAAAAACCACGUCCUUGGUCCCAGGAUGAGCGUUCACGGGCAAUGGAGCUUGUCCAGCUCAUGGGGCGGUUGCCUCUUAUGAUUCACGUUGCGGCCCAGCACCUCAAGGCAACCAGAGAGCCGCUGUCUAAAUAUCUGAGGUCGUAUCGCAGUAGACCCAAGGUUGGGAGUUUGCCGGCUUAUCGGGCCGUUUAUGACCAACUGCAUGACCGCGGUGCCAAUGCAGCACUGAACCUCAUGUCCAUAUUGGUUUUCUUCGACUCGCACGUGCCAGUGGAGAUGAUUGCGCUCGGUCUUCAUGCUUUGGAUAACACAACACCCGUCAAGACUUUCGAUGUUUCACACAGAAAGAUGACACUUAAUAACUCACUUAAAGUGCUAAUAAUGUUCGCGCUGAUCGAGCGGAUAGAGAGCGAUGAUAUCUCACCAACCAGCUCACGCAGUUCACGGCAAAGCUUCGACCGUAACGUUGAAUACCUCGACAUCCUGAGAGUUCACAGUGUUGUACAGGCGUUUUUUGUUGAAACUUUGGCUGAGGAGAAACAGCAUGUUUUCUGGCUCGAGCGUGCCGUGGCAGUGUUUUGCCGAUCAUACGACGAAGCCGAUAAUCGUGUCAAACACGACCCAAAGAUAGGGCUGCCAGACGACUAUCGACGUUUCCAUAUCCACGGACGCAAGCUGCUUGAUCAUGUAGAGCGGUUUGAGAAGAAAGCCGCAGAUCGCGAGCGUCUGGUAAAGUCGCGCAAGGCGUUGGAGCUGCGAUCCGGACUCUGCCACAAAUCUAUCAUCUCGCUCACCCAAAAGGUACAAGAACACAUCGUCAACCGGACUGCCGAUGAGGCACCGCCUUCUUCUGUCUUUGAAAGGAACAGUGGCAGCCUAUCAGAGACGGACAGCGGCACGCCGAACAGCCAGCAAAGCUUGUCGGGCGUAGAGCAAUGGGUUCCUGUGUUAGACAAUGAUAACAGUACCCUUGGGCCUUACCACCAGUCUCCGACGACAGUCACUGCGCCGCUGGACUACGUCAACCCCUAUCACUUUCAUGUUCCGGUGCCAUAUCCAGAGAAGCAGACAAUACCAGCCCCGCCGUUUGUGGCGGAUGCUGAUGAUACAGGGACUGUUGUGCCUGCGGUUCCCUCCCCACGGAUCGAUCCUGGCACGCCUGGGAUCGAAGAAGCUACUUCUGCCGUACUCAAUUCCCCGCGUUCGCCACCAUGGCAGCUUGUGACACAUUCUCCGCAGCACAGGACAGUCAAGAAAAAUGAGGGCCGCCGUUAUCAUGACCGCGCAGGGGCUUGGCGAGACAGGACGGUCAGUGAUCCGCGUAGCAGCGUCAGCCGAGAGACGGCCAAGGGGUCUAGAUACAAUGCGCAAAUUCAUGCCCAACAUGGCGGCUCCCCACGGCGAACCUCGGUGGCACCAGAAACGACGGCCGAGAGCGGGGCGAGGAUGAUCCUCAAUAAACUCAAGCAGACUUCGCCGGCUGGCGGGGCGGUGGCUGAAAUGAUCAACGACGUUAGUGUUAUUCUGAGCGGUGAUGACAAGACAGUCCGGAGUGUUAGCCACACAACGGGGGCCCCAGUGCGUCCAAAGCUAAGGAUCGACGGCGCAAACGGUCACAGCUACGCGAGUGUGGCGGCGGGAAGGCCAAGACCCAUAGGAAACACGAAGGCCACUGAACCGGACGUAAUCGGUAAGGGCAUUGGUCAUAACGAUGAACCCCCGACCUCGCCAGGCGAGUUCCACAACGAGUACUUCAAGGCUGUCUCUAGUCCCCCGUCGAGCUGGACUGAGAAGACACAAAACGCCCUGCAGCGGUUCAGAGAAAAUAUUAAACCCAGGUCUCGAGCUUCUUCUGAACGCUUGAAUAAUAGGGAGCCUAGCGCUCGAAGGUCAUCAAACGGGACCGCCAAGAGCCGCAGUCGGGGAUCGAGCGUAUCGAGCACGCGGGCAAGGCCACCAAGAAGACCUUGGUCAGACCUAUCGAGGAGGUCAAGCAGCGAUCUGCUGAAGCACCACCGCAAGGCGAAUUCCGAGUCUCCAAUCACGGUUGUGGCUGAGUCGCCCCCUGAUGAGACUCGUGUACCUACUCGACCGGGCAGCAAAGUGUACAGCAACGUCAGUAGUCCUGCACUCGCCCCGCAGAGCAGCGUUAGCAGUCCACCGCUGCCACCUGCAACGCUUUUUGCCGGCUCGCGCUCGACAAGAUCGAGUCCUGGCCAGGUUACCUCACCCUUCUCCCCUCCUCCUGGUCUUCCAUUUGAGCGCCAAAUACGUGGCUCCGUUUCCAGUGGCGGUCCGCAAUUCCAGCCAUUCCCAUCAGCUACAGGUGCCCCGGCUGUGCCUGGAUCAGUUCAAAGAUGGGAUACCGACAUCCCUCUGUACAGUCCUGGCCGGGCCAGAAUCCCCUCGUCGGAGCUGCUCGAAACGCUGCCGGACGAGGGUGACUAUGGAGAUGGCGUCAUGACGCGUUCCACGCCGUCUAUUCGGAACAGCACUGGUAAUUACCAGUAUUCCGCUGCACCGGUAACCGGAUACCCUCCAAAAACGUACGGGCGCCGACAAAACCACAGAGCCAGCGGCGGUCCACAUCAAUACCCAUAUAUUCUCAGUGUACAGCCGCCGCAGGCUCCAUAUCCCCCCUCGCCAGAUGGCUACACGUCCUUGCCCAUGUCGCGCAACCCCAGCGGAGAAACUCAGCCACAGAAGCAGCAGCAGUCCCUCGUUCCCAUACCCGCGAGGCACGCCCCGACCGUUCCAACCACCAGCACCCGGUCGUCCCCGACGGAUGCUCCCAGCGGCGUAUUGAAUACUGGCCGGGGCGCCUCUCCCUAUGGCCCGCCAUACAUGUACCACGGCUACGGCUACGAUGUCGGCGGCGGCCGCAGCGGGUCUGGUAGCGUUUACAGCCAUGCACCCUCGGACGUGCGCACAGAGCCGUCGCCGCGUAUAGGUCCGGCGUUCCCUGACAUUCAUACCAGCUAUCAGCGGUAUGAGGAGCGGCACUCGGAGCUCAUGUCACCAGCCCGUCGCCGCGCCGGCUCUGGCAGCUUAUUGUCGGGGUCGGCGGCCGUUGGAGCAUCCGCGUCUACUCGAUCGACCAGUCCUGCUUCCAGCGGUGUUGCUCGUGGUAGGAGGUCUCCGGUCGUGCCUGUCAAAUUUGGCGCGCCUCCCGGGCAAAGUCCAGACUUGGUGCAAGGUGGAGAGGCGAUGGCGCGGUCCGGCUCGUCGCCGGGGGGUCUGAAGCUUGGAGAUGGACGCUUCAUUGAGUUUGGAAAAGUCCCUGUUGAUGUCGUUGCGGCUGGGCAGCGGGUGCGCAAGUUUGAGAGGGAACGGUCAAGAGGCAGGGAUAGAGAUGGGUGGGAGUUGGUUGAGGGUGGUAGCGGCAAUGGUGGUGGUGAGCUGCGUGGACUUGGGAUAACUGAAUAAUUUCCUUUGUUUUUGGGGAGUUGCAUGAUUCUGGCGCAUUUACUGGGAUCUUCUCGCAUGGAGUAUAUGUGUACAAGGUGGCGUACUCUUUUUUCUUUGCAUAUAUAUGCCCCCUGUGGGCUUUCAAGGUUGCAUAUUGGAUAAUCUGCAUAGGAAUUGUAAAUCCAGAUCCAUUUUCGUUUGUUUGUGCCAUAAUGCCAUCAGCUAAUCAUCACAAACUGUUCAAAUCGUCUCGGGUUCUAUCUUUGAUUUAGGCUCAUUCAUCCCCUACGCGGGGCCGAUAUCGAGGAGGAUGUAAAUGUGCGCGUUGUUAUUGCUGCCCUCGCUCUCUCCUUUUCCAACUUUGCCAGUCCCACACGAUCAGUUACGGGAGUGGCGGACAUAAUGCCGUCGAAUUCGUCAUCGUCCGAACCAUUGUCAGAAUCCGGUUCUAUUUCCAGGUCGGGCUUGAACUGGUUGUUAUUACUUGUUGUUGGCUGUGGGCGAGGGAUCGAGGCUGGAGCGGGCUUGUUGUCGUCGACUUCGAUUCCUGUCUUCGUCGCCGCCGAAGAUUCUGCAAACGGUCUCGACGCCAACACUUUUCUGCGGAUUUCCUCCAUAGCCGCGUCGUCAUCUGAAUCGUCGGAUAUGUCGAAAGGAUCUUUGGACUGUUGCUGAUCGUCGUCAUCGUCGGCCUCUGUCUGUUUUCCAGGAGGUUUCUUGCCGAGAUAUAUGCCAUCCACGCUCCCAUCACUGCCUUCACCAUCCUCCCCAGAUCCCUCCCCGUCAUCAUCCUCGUCGUCAUCGGAUUCCAUAAUCGGCCGCCGAUUCAUGUUUCCACCCUUCCACAAAUCCUUCCCAUCAGACUCCCGACUCUCGGCAUACUCCCUCUCCAGCCUCUCCAUCCACUCCUCCUCGGUCUUUUUGACCUCGUCCGCGUCGGCACACGCGGCAUAUCUCUUGAGCAGCGCGGCGUUGAUCUCCAAAAACGCAGCACCGUAGGAGAAGGGCUCCAGGACCUGGGCGGCCCACUCGAGGCGGCCGCAGAUGGCAAAGGCGGCGGCCAGGGCCUCGACGCAGUUGAGACGCCAGGGCUUGCCGUAGUUGACCGUGUUGGCGGCGACGAGGUACGGCAGCAGGCGCUCGCAGCGGCCGCCGACGCGCGACCACUGCACCUCCUUGGUGCGGGCCCACGAGCACUCUACGACGGCGGCGCCAUGCUGCUCAAGCG